AUGGAAGAAGCGAGACACGCAUGGGCUACUUUAAAGUCAGUCAGAAAGUUAACAUCGUUGAACGGUAAUGGUAAUGGCAACGACAACGGUAACGGCGUAAAUGGAAAUUCGACGACAGUGUGGUACGAUAUUCCCGCGCCCGUAAUAAUACAUUGUUGCCAAGAAUUGCCAGAUGCGUCCAAGUUGGACCGCGUCGAGCCGAUCGAGGAAAGAACGAGCGUCGCGACUGCGAACGAAGAGUCGACAACCGAUACUCGGGAUAACAAAGGGCCGGAGAAACGCGGGGACGAGAAAGACGGAGAGAACCGACACAGAAACACGGUGGAAUUGACCGCGGUCACGUCGGUAAAAACCGACGAUGACGGAGUGCCGAAGAUCAGCUUCAGUUUCCUACAUUCGAACGACAAACCUCGAACGGCUGUCGUCGAACGAGCUACGGUUACAGGAGAAACGACUACGAAGUGGACGACCGCGACCGUGACCACGAACAAGAACGACGAAGAUACGUCGACGCGAGACGAACUGUACGACUUUCCUAGGAAUUCGUACGUCCACGACGAAAUCGAAAGCGAGAAAGCGGUAGAAAGUGAACGCGAGUCAGAAGUCGCUAAGGACGAUGAGGAGAUUCGCGGCACGAGUCCAGCGAAAUUCCACGGGGAAUCGGCCGAGAUUCGAAACGAAAUCGACCAUCGAAACGUAACCGAUUCGCAGGAUUCGAAAGAAUCGCGCCAAGAGGUCACGUCCGCGGAGAAAGCGAGCGAUCCAACGAUCGCGAUCAACGUCGCGAAUUCGGAAGGAAAAACGGAUCCGUGCGAUCCAGCGAAUCGAAGAAAAAGGCAUUGCGACGGGUCGAAAGCGCAAAGCGACGGAUACGAUGCUUCUGUGCCAGCGACGGGCUUCUCUUAUUCGGACGUCGAGUGCUCGAACGACUCUCUCUCGAACGCGGUGGCCCGCCGAGAGGAACGUUAUCCAAAGAAACAUCGGCUGGGGAAGGCAUGGGAGAAAAUGCGAAACUGGUUAAGAGACGAAACGUCUCGAAUCAACGAGGUGGUGAACAAACACGCGAGAUUGCAAGCCGUCGGUGCUCUUUCCGAAGAAUCGUGUACCGUGACCGUUCCGAAUGGUAACAGCGCGUCCUACGAUCUGACCAAGGCGAAAACUCCGGAAUUGGGAUCGAUCACUAGGGUCGAGGAAUUCGGUUUGUCCUCCGUUUCGCAAGAGCGCUUAAAAAGCUCGUCUUCUUCUCCCGAAACCGUGAUCGUAUCGUCGAAAACGAACGUCGCUCUCCACCGAGCACCAACGAAAACCACUGGCUUGGGAAAGAUGAUCGCCACCUCGGACAACGUGUUAAACGAGAAGAGCGAACCGAGUAUCGUUCCGGUUUCCUUCAGCAUGGACAAGCUCUGCUCCGAUACGGAAAUCGACGAGACGCACGAUGCAGCGACCGCUGGCGAGAUCGACAGCAGGGAUCAUGCUCGAAAAGCCGGCUUAAUUAAGAGGAGAAUGCUGGGGUCAAUCAGAGGGUUAAUGGCCUCCACUCAUCUUCUUCACUCGGUCUCCAUUCACGAGACCGAAGAGGGUGGACAAGGUGGAUUCGAAGAUGUUCGAAGGUACGUGAAACAGGGCGGAGAUUUCUGCAAGGAAUUGGCAUCGAUCCUACACGAAAGAGCGGAACUAGAAGCGACUUAUGCCAAAGGACUCAGCAAACUGAGCAACAAACUGACUAAGGCGUGCGCAAAGGAUCAAGGUGGCAACGGGAGCGGAGGUGUGAACGAAGCGUGGAGAUGCGUCGGCGAGGAGAUGGAGGCUGCCGCAGAAGCUCAUAGGAUCUGGGGAAUCACGCUUAGCGAACAACUCGCCAAACCGAUCAGAGUAGGAGUAGCAGAGGCUCAAGGACGUUCGAGGAAAUCUAUCGAGAAUUCCGUGGAUAAGGCCGGGAAGUCUCUUCACGAGUGGCGUAACAUUGCGAUAAAAAGUAAAAAGCAAAGUUUCGCUUGUGCACGGGAAAACGAGAGGUUGCAAGACCUCGCGAGGCUGCAAUCGAUCAGUCAGAGUCAGCAGAGCAAUAACAAAUCGUCGACCCAUCAUAUGACGGAGAAGGAGGUCAGUAAGCUCGAAGCGAGGAGGAGAAAGGCCGAGGACUCGUCUCGUAGGGCGGACACGGAGUUUUACACGGUGAGCGUGAGAGCUGAGAGAGCUAGGCUCGAGUACGAAAGCACCAUGAGGAAAGGAGCCAAACAAAUGGAACUUCUCGAAGAGGAACGAUUGAGCGCUCUUAAAGAUCUCGCGAACGUUUAUUUAGCCCAUCUGCAAGCCCUAGCUCCCCGUCUGCAACAGAGUGCAGACCGUUUGGCAGCUCCUAUACGUAACUGUAACGUGUCCCAAGACAUCGAAAUCUUGAAGAAUCUUAUACGCAGAGUAGAGAGCAACGACGGGUGUAACGCCGAACAAUUGCUCCCAGACUUUUAUGCCGAACACGUUACUCUAGCGAUGAACAGAGAACGUCGGAAACAAGCGCUGGUAAGAGUCCUUCAUCUGAUCAGACAGGACUUAGAGCGCGAGAGGCGCGGCAGGGAAGGUUUGGAAACUCUUCACCGAGCUUUCAUUGCAACACCGGCAUUCGCGGCGGAUGAGAGCACGCAAAACGUAACGGAAAAACUACACCAUAUGCGUUCUAUGUUAUUGUAUUUGGAAGCAGCGAGGUAUAAAGUUGGAGGAACAUUGGCCGAAGUAGAAGGCAGUAAACGAGACAAACAUCCGUUGGCCGAACAUAUUUUAGUUUCAAGGGAUAAACAGGGUUUGCAGCAAAGUGUCCUUAAGAUUCCUUCUUGGGCAAAGAACGAAUCGUUUGAGAUUCAGGAGGAUGAAGACGAAAUGGAUGUUCAUCUCGUAAAGGAUCACGAUACCGAGAGUCGUCAUUGGGCCGAUCGAACAGCUGGCGAUGGAAACUCGGAGAAUCCACCGGACGAGGAUGACUUUAGUGAUUUCGAUGAAUUCAGUAGUCAUUCCGAGGACAAUAAUAAUCAAGACGUCGAUGCCAACGAAACGAGUGGCAAGUCCGACGCAACGGAGCAAUGUAGAGCAAUCUAUCAAUACUCGGCAAAUUUAAACGACGAGCUUAGCUUAAGUCCUGGGGACUUGAUAACGGUACAUCAAAAACAACCAGACGGUUGGUGGAUAGGAGAGUGUAGAGGACGAACUGGAAUAUUUCCAGCCACUUACGUUCAAGUUAUUAAUUGAACAACUUACGCUUUGCUUCGCCUCCUGACAUUCAGGAAUUAAACAGUGUUUUUCCUUCCGAUUCCGAAGGAAAGAAAGGGAGAGCAGCUGCGAAUAGGUAUAAUGAUACAUGAAAAAUAUGUAGAUGCAGUUAUACUGUAAAAAAAUAAAUAACAACAGAAGUUAUUAAUUAUACAUAUGAACGAACUACCAAAGUAUGAUUGAAAUUAAAAGUGACUCUCCUAGAAAAAGUCAAAUUUCACUGUACAAAGAAGCAUUUUUUAUCUUUGAUAUCGAGUCGCAUUGCUCGCGAUAGUAAUUACUGAACAAUACGAAAUACGACGCACCGAAACGCACUAUCUACUACAGAUAGUCCACGAAAAUAUUUGUCAAACGUGUUUUGUACGCGUUCGAUACCAAUUUCAAACGACAAGUUACUAAAUGCAUAUUUGUUUGCGUCAAUAAAGUGCCAAUGAUAGCAUAUACAUACAUAUAGAAACUAUACGGGACGGACAAGAUCAGUCGAGGAUAAAGUUAAUACUUUCGUUACAAUGUAAUAAAUUGUAAUCAGGAAAAGGAAAGGAGUUUGUACAACGAAGUAAUACCUUUUUGUUUGUAUAACUUGUGCAUCGUAAUUUAUAAUUAAGUUGUAAUAUUAACAUAAGCAUAAACAUGAUUCAAGUCAUUUUCAUAGAAAGUAAAUGUUGUUUCUUCCUUAAAAAAUCAAAGACUGUUUAUUCACGCAGCAUUCACGCAUGAAAUUAAAUAGCGUGACAUGUAUAUAAUUUGUUUAAUUUUCGAAAUUCCAUUGUAAAUAGUACUUAGCUGCAUUUAAUAACUUAAGUGUUUUAUGUAACUGAAAUUUUAAUUAAAGUUCGUUUAUUUAUCAGCUAA